UUCCGCCCAGCCAACUAUCUACCCUCCGCCGCCCUUCCGUUACCGAGUGGAGUCGCGCGCUCAUGCCAGUUCCUGAGGUAGUAGCGACCGCACAUCGCACAACAGCAGCAGCGGCAACAGCACCCAGUCAGCACCCACUUGUCGGCUGGCUGAUACCGUGCCGACAGCUCGUGCUGGCAAACGGCACCGGCGGUCCCGGCGCGCAACUACCUGUGAGAUUGUCAGCAUUGCCAGCAGCGGCGAAUCAAAAGCGCGACGUACGUAGAACAAUAGUAAUUAGUGCGACGCCUAAUUGACGAAGAGCGCGAGCCGCUAAGUGCAAUUGACCACGCGCGCGCGCGCAUCGACGCGGCCAGCUGCAGCCUGUUGCAAGCGCCGAUCAUGACACGGGUUGAUUCAACGCGAGAUAAACGGUGCGUUGCAAAUAAAAUAUCAUAAUUUACAACGGAAAUGGAUGAACCAAUAACACGAGGUGGCAGGUGGGUUUGUCCGAACGAUCGACAAUUGGCAUUGCGAGCAAAAUUACGAACGGGAUGGUCCGUGAAAACGGGAUCCUUCGAAUCUCACAGAUGGGGAGAAUAUUCGAAUUCCUGCACGAGCAGUGCAAACCGUUGCGGACAAUCCUUCUUGCUGUCCGAAGAGGAACGACAAAGUAUUAUUCAGGUAAUACAAAGGGCCGAGGCUUUGGAUCUGUCGGAACAGGAGCGAGUCGGAAGACUGGUCGAGAGGCUGGAGAACAUGAAGCGGAACGUGUGUAUCGUGACGUCCACCAGGUCGAACGAGAGACGUGGCUGCGGAACUCGAUGCUCUGGCGGAGCCCGUUGUGUCUGUUCGUGCGCGCUCUGUGGCGAAAAAUUCGGCACAGUACUGGGGGCGAGUGCAAAUCUUUGCAAGGACUGUCGCAAGUUCGUCUGCCAGAAAUGUGGUAUUGAGGCGACGAGACUGAACCCUUCAAAGGGAAGCGGCGACGAAAGUAGUGCGACCUCGUCGCGUAACUCGUUACGCGUCAUAAGGCUCGCUCAAGAACGUAUACCCGUUAAAAGGAUCGUCCAAAGAUCACAAGGCAAUGCACAAAGGCAGUUUCUCUGUCGGAUUUGUGCCGAGACGAGGGAAAUGUGGAAGAAAAGCGGCGCCUGGUUCUUCAAAAGUAUGCCCAAGUACAUCCUGCCAGAGAAAAAGGAACGCGGAUGGUCUCGACCGGGACACAGAACAUCAACGUGGACGAUAGGCGGCCCAUGUAAGUCCUUGGACUCAACUGAUGCCCAGGAUUCAUCAUCCGAUGACGAUGCAACACGACGACUCGCCGUAGUCCGUGGCCACUCCGUCUCACCUACGAAUUUAUCGAAUCGUGAAAGCACCCCUACAAGAUUAACGGUUUCCAGUCCCGGUACCGCCGCUUCAUCGCCGAGAAGUCCUCGAGGAAGACCAAACGGUCUGUCACCUUCAGGCUAUGAUACCAGCUCUGAUAGACUGGACAAGUCCUGUCUAUCGAUCACGUCACAGUGCAGCCGUCUCUCUCCCACGGGUUCGAUCAGCACUCCACGUUCGAGGGCAAGCGGCAGGAGUCCAAAUGGAUUGCAGGUAGAACCGCGCGUGUCCUUCGAGGAUAUCUUCGUGGACAAUGAGAAAGCUAACGAAGCCGAUGACGAUGAAGAAGAAAAUACCGAAGAGGCGCGCAAGGACGCUCUUGUCUCCCUGGACCGAUCGAAGAGCUCUCAGGUACAAUCCCUCAGAGUGAAGACAUCGACGAUGGCAACAUCGCCAGUGGCGACCACGCCGACCACGCCAGUCGAACGGUUUCAAAUGAUGGGCAAGAUUCUCGAGAGGAACGCGGAACGGGAUGCGAACAAAUCCUGCUCGAACCAGGACAGUGCCAGCAGCAGGAUUCGCAGCCAAGUUGGGACGCCAAGGACCCAAACGCAGGAAUGCUCACAAGAAACGGGACAAGAUUAUGGAACUCUCGAAGUCUCCUUGCGAUACGACCCAGCGGAUCAGUGCCUCCAGUGCAAAGUGGAACGUGCACGACGCCUAAUGCCCAUGGACAUCCAAGGGCUCGCCGAUCCUUUCUGCAAACUGAACAUAUUGCCCGUUGGGAAAGCAGCGACAAGCAGGCGGCUGCGAACAAAAACGGUGCACAAGACGCGCGAUCCCGAGUUCAACGAAAUAGUGAAUUUCUACGGAACAACGGAAACCGACAUCUCGAGCGGCAAGGCAUUACACGUCGUGAUCCUCCAAGACGAUCCAUCGGGCCAGGACUUCCUGGGAGAGGCGAGAUUUCCCCUGCACGAAUUACAACCAUAUCAAACGAAACACUACAAAGUCUCUCUGCGGACUCAUUACCCAGUGGACAACGAAGAGGAAACCUGGGGCACGUGUUCAAGCGGUCGUGGACAGAUCCAGAUAAGUCUGAGCUACUGCACGCGCCGGCGUGCUCUACUAGUCACGGUACACCGGUGCACGAAUCUCUUACCCAUGGACAGCAACGGGUUUUCUGACCCGUUCGUCAAAUUAGCCCUCGUCGAGGAUGCGACAGACAAUCAUCGUCAACAACGUUUCCUAGACUAUUCAGUCGCUCGCGCUACUGCCAAGAAGCUGACCGGGAAGAAAGCGGCCGGCCGCAGCUCACAGAGCACGAGCACCAAACGAAAGACGCUGAAUCCAGAGUGGAACGAAGAGUUCGCUUUUGCAACUCGCUUGACGGAGUUGAUGAAGCUGACAUUGUGCCUCUCCGUAUGGGACAAGGACUUCGGCAAGAGUAACGACUAUCUGGGCGGGCUUAUGUUAGGUUGCGGUAGCAAGGGAGCACGUUUGCGGCACUGGAUAGAUGCGAUCAAGUUCCCGGAUCAUCGUCAUCUGGCAUGGCACAACCUGGCCGAGAUGGACGUACCCAUGGAAUGAUAACUCUAUUCCGGCGACCGGGAAGGAGGUCAAGAUUAAACGCGCAAAACAUGCGGGCUUUAUCGGUACUUUGUGCACGUACGCACGCUGAUGCGAGCACACGAGCACACGUGCAUACAUAAUGGUGUACUUGGCGCGUGUAUAUUACCAAUCUGUGCGUUCGAAUCAUCGUUGCUCAAAACAAUCAAGUAUUAUAAAACGAAGAAAAGCUUGAUACGAAAAUAAAACAAUCAACAGCGCACAAUCCUCAA